AUGAAACAACAAGGCAAGCGUAUGGGAAAUUCAACUUGAUGCUGAAGGGGAAAAACAACACAAUUUUAUGGGAAUUUACUGACCAAGGAACAUUUCUCUGAGACUGGUGUAGAAUGAUUCCACAGUGAUGAAGAGAACUUCUGUUAGAACAGAGUCCCUCUCUGGACGACAAGCCAAGAAAACAAACAGCUACGGUCCAAGUAAAAUUCCCCAGUAUUUUCCUGGGGAAAAGAAAAAGACGAAAGCAGUGCCAGACUUUGGCAAACUCCAUGAAAAAUGGCAGAAACAACUAGAAGUCGGCAAAAUUUGUAACAAGAAACCACAGACAGUGCCCACUGAGUUUAAGCUGAGCAAAAGCAGCAAGGCUGACCAGCCCCAAUAUGCCAAGAAACAGUUAUUCUCCGAUGAAGAAUUUGAGGUGGACCAUAAGUCUCUGGAUGCCAUUUUGCGUGGACUGCCGGGACGUGGCGUAGCUUCAAGAAGAGCAACAACAGCCACGGGAAGAGAUGUAAAGAGGAGCCAAAGUUGUAACAGCAUAGGAAGUAGACGGGUCCUUGGAGAGCUACCAUUGGACCAAGAUCAAACUUCCAGGGCCAACAGACGAAGAAGUCGGAGCGCCAGGGCAGAGGUCCCCCUCAAGGUCCUGAAGGAGAGUGCUGAAGUGAAGUUUGAGCCAGACCCCCAGGCUUUGCGUAGUAUCAUCAGCAGUGAAGGAAUGACCCCGUCACGAGUUGCAGCUCCCAAGCGACAGACCACCACAGGGGCGGUCAUCAGACAAGAGAGGCCUUCAAUCUAUGAUGCGAUGACAAGUUCCCGACAUCUGAAUUCUAAAUUUGCUGCUGUGCAGUUGGCCAGCAAGGUGUCAAAGGUCACCCAUCCCAAGAGCCGACCUCCAGGCAGUCCUGUACAGAGGGCCACACAAGCUUGUCGAGAUCCUCCCCAGAACCACCCCCGAAAACCGAUAGAUCAGCAGCUCCAGUCACUGGCUGAUGAGUUUGAGGUUGACCCUCAGUCAAUGAGAAACAUCAUUAACAGUGAAGGACUGACCCCUGUCAGAGUUACUGCCCCUGUCAGGAAGACCCUGGGAGGACCAAUCAUAAGACAGGAAAGGCCCUCAAUCUACGAUGCCAUGACGAGCUCCAGGAACCACUCGGUGUUUGGGAACGUGAGGUUAUCAGAGUAUAGAGCGGGGCCCAGGACAGGGAAACUUCUGUCUGGAGCAGCAUCAUCGCCUGCACAGACUGCGUUGCCCUUUGGGAGGACCCCAGCUAAAGGCCCUGUGCCAGACCUCAUUAAAAGUGCCACCAAAAGUGAGGCCAGAAGGGUGUUAAGGAAUGAAUGUGGCAUUAUGGCAGAGGGACCAACAAAGAAAGCUGGAGAACAAAAACACGUAAAAUGGGCCGAUGUGUUUGAAGAAUCUACUACAGAAGAGAAGGACACUUUACAGAGGACCUUAUUCACCACUGUGGAGGACUCAGAGGAAGAAGAAGAAGAAUGUAAAGAGAAUAUCUGUCCAGUAACCAAACAACUCACUCCAGCCAAGGCCGGUCAACAGAAACUGAUCACGGUCAAAUCAAUCCCACAAUCCCGCGGUACCGGUCAGUGGACCAUCAGUCAUGGACAGAAGACUGUUGAUGUAGCCCAAGUGUUGCCUAGUAACCUAAAUAAAGAUAAAAGCAAGAGUAUAGCUCAGACUAGUGCUGACCCAAAAUCAGGGGACUCGAGUGAGCUUUAUGGACUCGCGUCUCAGCCUUUGAGCAAUGUUCUGGAGGUUGGUGGGGAAUCUCGGGGCUUUGCCAGCAACUCGGAUGGAAUUGUUUACAAAAGAGGACUUUUUCCUUGCAGUGCUGAUAAAGCAAAUUGUCACGAUGAUUCACCCCAUGUUUCUGAAGAUGUUUUACCAAUAUCAGGAGAUGGAAGCGGCAAUAGAGAGAGGGUGACUCAUUCCUAUGUUGUAGCACCACAAGCUUCCAGUCGCCAGUGUGAUGGAGACACUCAAUGCUGUAGUAACUUGAGAAAUGCUACCUGUUCUGAACUGCAAGGACUAAGAGACGCAAAUCUCGAAUUCUCCCAAAAACUCAGAAACUGUUUGUCACAAGGAUUGCAAAAUUCCACGGAAGGUCACUCUCUGCUAGGUUUGCAAAAUGUGGAAGGAAACUUAGCUGAGAUCUCAAAUCACAGGUUGCAAAAUCCAAAAGGAAAAGUUGCACACUUGCAGUCUAAAAAUGCUCAAGCAUCUUCUAGUGGUUUUUUAGAAAGAGCAUCUGAGUACAAGAAAGACAAUGGAGUUUUCCGAGAUGGGACUCAAACACAGAGAAACUUGGAGAAGGUUGAUCACACACUUGCUUCAUCAAAUGAGCUCCAUGUACAAAUAAUUAAAGAAAGUCAACCAACUUCUAGUACACUUCUCCAUCUUGUUAAAAAUUGCAGAGAACAAAGGGAAUAUGAUGCCUGUAUAAAAAAUCAAGCACCAUGUGAUGGACAUGAUUUUAAUUCAGGGGCAGAAGAAAUCAGACAUUUCCCAAACUAUAUUGUAAGGAAGCACCAUUUUCAGGAGCAUGGUGGUGUGGAACAUUCUAAGGUUACAGCGGAUAAGUCUUAUUGUGCAGGGUUAGGGGAUCAACACCAAGAAGGACCAUGUGAUGUCAGAAAACUGGUCAUAACUAAGGAAAUUCUGGUGGAUAACAAAGCAGGAGAGACCACCAUGGCUAUGUUUACAGAGACAGAACAGGACGAAAACAGCCAAGCUCCCUCGACAUCAACUGGAGAACAGGCCAGCCACGGUGAGCGCACUCGGGACUCGGUGGGAAACUUUGUGGGCCGAGUCCAGAAGAACAAAAAGAGACAGAGCAUUGCUGAGCUCAAUGAGAGUAUUUCUGAGUCCAACGUUCACAUGCAGAGUCUUUGUCAUCAGGCCCAGAGUCUGAGGAACCAAUCCAAGACCAGAAAGAACACCAACAUCAUGUACCAGCUAGAGCUGAUCAGAAAACAACAGGAGGAACUACUUAAACUACAGAGGGAGCUGCAGCUACAGCUUCAAAUGGAGGCUGGGUACCAGGAGGUCGAAGGUCACACGGAUAAUCAGUUGGAUGAGAGUGGGAACUCAGCAUUGGAUGCAAAACUCAGUGACUUGAUUUCAUCAUCUGAGCAGAUACUGACGUUACAGAGUGAUGAACAAACUCAGAAUUUAGAGAGCAUUCAAGAGGAGGAAAAGAAUAAUAACAAUUAUGACUCGCCAUUUGUUGUGAAAUCACCUUUGAUACCAUGUUGGAGACAAGAGAGUUUUUCAGUGUCAGAGCCAUCAGGUCUACACUUAGCUUCAAAUACACUACUUAGCACACCAAAGGCACCUCAAAUAUCAGAAAAUGUUCAGAAGUCUUUGCUGACACCUAGGCUUAGCCACCUUAUCAGUGAUUCACAAAGUCAAUUUACUUUUAUUAAAUCACCAAAACCAUUAAAACCAACACCAGCUUUACAAAGGGAGGGUGCCAAAUCACCCUCCCCUCCCCCUAUAUGGACUGCUAUGGCUCUAAAGGAUGAAGCCAAGCGCCACUCGACGUCUGACCCUCCAACGCCCUCCGCCAAGAGGAGACUCGAGCAGGAACCUGACUAUGCAAAAGCUGCUGACCAACCCAUGGACUUGAGUGUAAAAUCAUCAACAGAGACAAGUUUCAGCAUUUCUGCUGAACAUCUUCCUGUUAAUAAAAGAAGUACGAGUUCUAAAAACACUUCAUCUGCUUCUUUCCCUAAACUUUUCCCCUCACAAGACAUUGGGUCACUUUCCCUUAGAGCCAAUACACUGCAGUCACCAAUUAUUUCCCAUAAUGCACCAUCUUCUUCCCAUCCCAGCAGCAGACAUUUUCACCCCACUCAGGAAAUUCCACUGUAUAAGGAGGUGUUGUCAAUAGCGAGUGAUCAGAGGUACCGCGAGGCUCUUCUAGAUGACGAGUGUGCUCGGUACUGCUGUCGUUUACAGGCUGCCCAGUCCCUCGUAUUCCUGUCUGAGAGAUGCAUCAAUCCUGUGUCUGUAGUCCUGUCCCAGGGAGAUGAAAUGCAUUUUGUCCCGAUACAUGAGGAGAUGAUAUUACCAGUGACUGUGGGAGGAGAUUCAGCAUUUUACUCCUACUCUCCUUGAAGUGGACCCUUGGGCCAAAAUGACCUCACAAUGGUCAAAACAGUUACUCUUAGGACUGUGGGCAUGGAUCAGUGAGAAUUAAACUGUUGCGAAGAGUGUGACAUAUUGUUGAGAAACUUUAAACACUGUGGGGCAGAAUUGAUACCAGUUUGUGGCAUCUAGAUUAAAAGAUGAAGGAUAAUGUGACCUUGAAAGAAUAGUUUAUUUUUUGACCUUGACCUAGAGAGAGGCUUGGAUUUGUAAUGAAUAUUUGUGUUGAUGUGGUCAAAGAAAAAGAAUUGUUACAUUGACAUGAAUUUUUUACUCAGUACCUGGCAGGGAUUGUUGUGUUGUUUUUGUACUGGAUUUUGUCGAGAUACGGGUCAAGGGUCAAAGUGAUAAGUAUUACUGAGAAGUGUUUUUCGCUGUUGUUUUUACAGUUGGUUGUAUUAAAAAAUGUUUACCUAUAUAAACAUGAUAAAAGUAUUAUGGGUGUUGUCCAGUGUAAUGUUAGGAUAUGUUGCUCCUAUAGCAAAAGUUAUUGUUGGACUGGUUCCCUUCUCAUGAUAAUCUCCACGAUGUGCACAUUGUGUGUAAUAAUGAAUGAGAACCAGUUAAAGUAAGAAGUGCAAUGAAGAUUUGAAUCAAACUGUUUUCCCUUGUUCUUUAUUACUGUUUCCUAAAUUCAUGAUUUUUUCCAUAAACAAGAUUAUAAUAUAAUGAAUUUAUGUCAUUUGAAUGAGAAUUUGAUGUGGUGACAGCUAUAUUUAUGUAUGUAGAAACUUUUUUAAAAAAAUUCUAAGCAUUUAUCAAAUUUUCAUAUAGCAAAACUGAUUCAUUUGAAUAAAGAAAAUUCAAAUUGGCUGAUCCUUCUGAGUUUUUAUACAGCUAUGAGUUGCUGUGACCACAUUUAAUUCUUUAAAUUCAUAUUCUGACAAUCAGUCUAUAUUGACCUGCAUGUUGCAUUGUUAUGGUUCACUUUUUAUAGUUUAACUAUUGUACAGUGUUAGUGUUCAUUUUCUCCUAGUUAAUCUACUAUAAAGAUUUAUCAGACACAUGUUUAUGGCACAAUUUGGACAUUUGAGCAAGCAAGGGUUAACAGACUAAUUGUAUAAAAGCAAGAAAAAUCAAGGGUUUAAGUGCUGGAAUACAGAGUUUUAACAAGGAAAUCUAGACUGAGUAAAAAGCCAAGAAAGUACCUAUGCGACUAUAAAAUGGCACAAUUUAUCAGUAUGCAAAUUUAUCUUUUUCAAAGAAAUUCAAAUUAAUUUCAGGAAGGAAAAGUAGCAUUCUGACUUGUGGCUGAUUUUGUAUCUAAAUUAAGUAAAAGAUUAAGUUGAAAGAUCAUGUUAAAAUCGUUUUCUUGCAGGAAAAUUGUUUUGGUUUUAUUAAGUUUUGAAGUGUACAUAGUUUUGUAUAUACAUGUAUAUUUUGUGAACUAGAUACGCACAGGGACAUUGGAGUGAUUUAGCUGCAAGCAAUUUGUUUCUUUUUGUCUUUGAAAAAGUAUGCCAAAGUUUAGCAAGGAAAACUUUCCUAGAUUGUAAUUAGCACUCUUUUUUUGUGUAAAUAUGUAAAGUUUGUUGAUUUAUGUAUUUAAUGAGAUAAGCUGUGAUAUGUAUUCACUGUAGCCUUUUUAGAAAGACAUCUUUGGGAGAAAAAAGAAAAAUAUAGGUGCUAUUUGAUUUUAUGAGAGCUGGUAUAAUGCAACAUUGUCAGAAAUACAUCAGGGAAAACCACAAGCUAAAUGGAAGUAAAGUUGUACAUGUUUUAGGUGAAUCACAACUUCAGCAUUUGAAAAUGUACCGUAGACAAGCAGUGUAUUGAAAAAUAAUCAUUGGUAAAUGAGACAGGCGUUCUGAAGUACAGAUGUACUAAAUAUUAAUUUUGUUUUAUGGACAGUUGAUAUAUUUUGCUUGUAAAAUUGUUAAAAGUCACAAUUAUCUAAUUUCUGAAAUAUGAAGAAUUGCUGACUUUCU